GUAGGCCGCAGCUUUGACUUGCUUCUCGUUGUCAUUUCCAGUCAGGAGACAGAGGAGAGUCGGUAGGAAUCGCGGCUGUAGUCGGAGCCGCCGUUAGCCAUAUUUAUUUUGUGGAAAUCAUUUGCAUACUUUCACCUCCCAGACGUCUGGAAAGAGACUUAAAGUAGAGGGAGAAAACGAAGGAGGACGAAGCUUGAAGACGAGACGUCGAGAGAGAAAGAGGCGGUUUCCAUCGGAUCACCCGAAAGGGGGAGGGAGGAGGAAAGAAAGGCCCGUUUGGAGGAAGAGCUUGCGUUUUUCGUUUUCCCCCCCGGUUGUGGAUUUUGUCGAGGCGGUAGCCUGUGCGCUGACGGACUGCGAUGCACCGCUUGAGGACUUGUGCUUCGCGGCUGCGGCCCCUGACGGCCUCUCAGACUGCCCAGAACUUCUCGCAGCAGAGGCGGGGCCCGAGGACGUUUCAGCCAAUGAGGCGCUACACCGCGCCCGUGGCGGCGGAGCCCUUCCUCAACGGCACCAGCUCCAACUACGUGGAGGAGAUGUACUACGCCUGGCUGGAGAACCCCAAGAGUGUGCAUAAGUCUUGGGACAUUUUCUUCCGGAACGCCAACGCCGGGGCCCCCCCGGGGGCGGCCUAUCAGAGCCCGCCCCCGCUGGGCGUGAGCCUAUCGGGGCUGGCGCAGGCCCAGUCUCUGGUGGGCGCGCAGCCCAACGUGGAGAAGCUGGUGGAGGACCACCUGGCGGUGCAAUCCCUCAUCCGCGCCUACCAGAUCCGGGGACACCACGUAGCUCAGCUGGACCCCCUGGGCAUCAUGGACGCCGAUCUGGACUCUUGCGUUCCGACCGACAUCAUCACCUCCUCGGACAAACUCGACCUCACGGUUUUCAAGAAACGCCUCAGUGUUCUCACUGUCGGAGAGUCUGAUUACCAGUCGCAUUUUAUGGCUUGUCCGAAAGACUGGGAAAGCGGCUUCUAUGGGCUGGAUGAGUCGGACCUGGACAAGGUGUUCCGCCUGCCCACCACCACCUUCAUCGGGGGCAGCGAGAGCGCCCUCCCCCUCAGGGAGAUCAUCCGCCGCCUGGAGAUGGCUUAUUGCCAGCACAUCGGGGUGGAGUUCAUGUUCAUCAACGACCUGGAGCAGUGCCAGUGGAUUCGGCAGAAGUUCGAGAAGCCGGGAGUGCUGCAGUUCACCCUGGAGGAGAAGAGGACCCUGCUGGCCCGAAUGGUUCGCUCCACCAGGUUCGAGGAGUUCCUGCAGAGGAAGUGGUCCUCGGAGAAACGCUUCGGGCUGGAGGGGUGCGAAGCUCUCAUCCCCGCCCUCAAGACCAUCAUCGACAAGUCCAGCGAGAACGGGGUGGAGAAUGUCAUCAUGGGCAUGCCCCACAGGGGCCGUCUGAACGUCCUGGCCAACGUCAUCCGCAAGGAGCUGGAGCAGAUCUUCUGCCAGUUCGACUCCAAGCUGGAGGCGGCCGACGAGGGCUCUGGGGACGUUAAGUACCACCUGGGCAUGUACCACAGGCGGAUCAACCGCGUGACCGACCGCAACAUCACCCUGUCCCUGAUGGCCAACCCGUCCCACCUGGAGGCCGUGGACCCCGUGGUGCAGGGCAAGGCCAAGGCGGAGCAGUUCUACUGCGGGGACACCGACGGGAACAGGGUGAUGUCCAUCCUGAUUCACGGCGACGCAGCCUUCGCCGGCCAGGGCAUCGUGUACGAGACCUUCCACCUGAGCGACCUGCCGUCCUACACCACCCACGGGACCGUGCACGUCGUCGUGAACAACCAGAUUGGGUUCACCACCGACCCGCGCGUGGCCCGCUCCUCGCCCUACCCCACCGACGUGGCGCGCGUGGUCAAUGCGCCCAUCUUCCACGUCAACGCCGACGACCCCGAGGCCGUCAUGUACGUGUGCAACGUGGCGGCCGAGUGGAGGGCCACCUUCCACAAGGACGUGGUGGUGGACCUGGUGGGGUACCGGCGGAACGGGCACAACGAGAUGGACGAGCCCAUGUUCACCCAGCCGCUCAUGUACAAGCAGAUCAAGAAGCAGAAGGGCGUGCUGCAGAAGUACGCCGAGAAGCUGAUCGCCGAGGCCGCCGUCACCCGCCAGGAGUACGAGGAGGAGAUCGCCAAAUACGACAAGAUCUGCGAGGAGGCGCACGCGCGCUCAAAGGACGAGAAGAUCCUGCACAUCAAGCACUGGCUGGACUCGCCCUGGCCUGGUUUCUUCACCCUGGACGGUCAGCCCAAGAGCAUGAGCUGCCCCUCCACCGGCCUGUCAGAGGAGGAGCUCGGCCAGAUCGGCCAGGUGGCCUCGUCUGUGCCUGUGGAGGACUUCACCAUCCAUGGAGGUCUGAGCCGCAUUCUGAAGGGCCGGGCUGAGAUGGUGAGGAACCGCACGGUGGACUGGGCGCUGGGGGAGUACAUGGCCUUCGGCUCCCUGCUGAAGGAGGGCAUCCACGUACGGCUCAGCGGCCAGGACGUGGAGAGGGGCACCUUCAGCCAUCGUCACCACGUUCUUCAUGACCAGAAUGUUGACAAGAGGAUCUGCAUCCCCAUGAACCACGUCUCGCCGAACCAGGCGCCCUACACCGUGUGCAACAGCAGUCUGUCCGAGUACGGCGUGCUGGGGUUCGAGCUGGGGUUCGCCAUGGCCAGCCCCAACGCGCUGGUUCUGUGGGAGGCUCAGUUCGGCGACUUCCACAACACGGCGCAGUGCAUCAUCGACCAGUUCAUCUGCCCCGGCCAGGCCAAAUGGGUCCGCCAGAACGGCAUCGUGCUGCUGCUGCCCCACGGCAUGGAGGGCAUGGGCCCAGAACACUCUUCUGCUCGCCCCGAGAGGUUCCUGCAGAUGUGCAACGACGACCCGGACGUGUUCCCCAACAUCACGGAAGACUUCGCGGUGCGCCAGCUCUAUGACUGCAACUGGAUCGUGGUCAACUGCUCCAAUCCCGCCAACUACUUCCACGUGCUGCGGAGGCAGAUCCUGCAGCCCUUCAGGAAGCCGCUCAUCGUCUUCACCCCCAAGUCACUGCUGCGUCACCCCGAAGCCAAGUCUAAUUUUGAUGACAUGUUGACAGGCACUCACUUCCAGCGCAUGAUCCCGGAGCAGGGCCCGGCGGCCCAGAAUGCCGCGGGGGUGAAGCGCAUCGUCUUCUGCACGGGGAAGGUGUACUACGAGCUCAUCCGCGAGCGCAAGGCCAAGGGCAUGGAGGACACGGUCGCCGUGGCUCGCAUCGAGCAGCUGUCUCCGUUCCCCUUCGACCUGGUGAAGGCCGAGACGGAGAAGUACCCGGAGGCGGACCUGGUGUGGUGCCAGGAGGAGCACAAGAACCAGGGUUACUAUGACUACGUCAAGCCGCGCAUGCGUACCACCAUCAACCGCGCCAAGCCCGUCUGGUACGCGGGGCGGGAACCGGCUGCUGCUCCAGCCACCGGAAACAAGCAGGCUCACCUGCUGGAGCUGAAGCGCUUCCUGGACACUGCCUUCAACCUGGACGCCUUCAAGGAUCACGUCUAACCCCCCCCCCCCACAACCCGUCCUGCCCCCCCCCCCCCCCCC